AUGUUUGGUCCCCUAGGUCCGUCGCUGGCGCCUCAGAUUAGGGCUUCACGCUCCUUGACCAAAUGGCUGAAGCCGUUUGCUACGUGGUAUGCCAACUUGGCUGGGUACCGCCAAUUGGGCUUCAAAUAUGAUGACCUUCUCGUCGAAGAGCGUCCGGACGUUCAGCGGGCAUUGUCUCGUUUGACCCCUCAGCAAGGCUACGACCGUAUUUUCCGUAUCAAACGUGCUUCUCAGGCCAGCGUCGUGCACAAGCCAUUGCCGAAGGAUCAGUGGAUAAAGCCAGAAGAGGAUAUUCGUUACUUGAAGCCUCAUGUAGUAGAAGUUGCCAAGGAGGACUCGGAGAGGCAAGCUUGGGACCACAUCGUUGUCGCCAAGAAGUAG